UGAUCUUGGACAGGUAGCAAACGACUAGAAUUAUAAACACCUGGAGCCCGCCAUGUUGGAUAGUAAAACUCUGUAGAUUACUACUGGAGUAUUAUUAGGUGUCCCUGACCAUGGACCCCUGGUACAGUGCCCAGGAUGUUGUACGCUGCACCCUUUGUAAGACUUCUGUGGCCCCCAUGUACUGUGAAAUUUGUCAUAUACAUCUGUGUAAAGACUGUGUAGAGAAACAUUUUUCUGAUUCCUCUAAAGUUCAUGAUGUGGUUCCACUUACACAAUACAUAACCACUCUGAACUAUCCCAAGUGUAGGAAACACCCCACCAAACGAUGUGAGCUCCAUUGUGAACAAUGUGACAUUCCUAUCUGUACAAAGUGUAUUUCUUCUAGAAAUCAUUUAGGACAUGAACAGAUUGAUAUUUUCCAAAACUUUGAAGUCAAAAAAGAAGUUUUACAAAAAGAUUUGCAAGAAUUAGAGAAAUCAAUUUAUCCUAAAUACCAAGAGAUUGCAUCUGCCAUCCCAGUGCAAAAAGCUGAUCUGGGUAAAAGCUCCCAGAAAUUAACAACAACCAUCGACAGACAUGGAGAAGUCUGGCACAGAGAAAUAGAUACCAUUAUACACACACUGAAAUCUAACGUUGAGGAAAUGGAAUCCAAAUACCUGGUCGCCCUAAAUAAACAGGAAGAUGAAAUCACACGCUCUAUUUCUGAAAUCACACAGAGCAUUGCUGAUCUGAAGAAGUUACUCGACUCCAAUGAAUUCAGCCUUGUCUCUGCCUACAAAUCCAGGAUUGCUGAAUUUAGAAUAUUGCCCACUAAACUUACAGUGUCCAUACCAAACUUUAAACCCCAGGAAAUCCACACAGAUCAGCUGAUUGACCAGUUUGGUUCUCUGUCAGCAUCAUCUAUCAUAACUGAGGAACAAGACUACAGCAAGCCGCCCCAAGGAGCCAAGUCUUCUCCUCCAGACUUGUCACUGAUGGAUGCACCCCGGGUCAUCACAGCUAUAGACACAGAGUAUGGAGAACUAUUGUGUGGUGUGACGUGUCUGAGUGAUACAGAAAUGUGGACGCGUGGUGAUGACAACAAGAUGAAACUCUACAACCUGCAGGGAGAACUAGUGAAGUCCGUCCAGACCAAGUCAGGGAACGUUCCAUACGACAUAGCAGUGACAAGGAGUGGGGAUUUAGUUUAUACUGAUGACAAAGAUAGAACUGUGAACAUAGUGAACAAUACACAGGUACAGACAGUGAUCAGUCUGCAGGAGUGGAGACCUCUUGGCGUCUGUAUUACCUCAUGUGGUGACCUCCUGGUUGUCAUGGUCAGUGUUUAUAGUAAACAAACAAAACUUGUGUGGUACUCUGGCUCCACAGAGAAACAAAGCAUACAGUACGAUGACAACGGAGGACCUAUUUAUUCAUCUGGUAACUAUAAAUACAUCAGUGAGAACAGAAACCUAGAUAUCUGUGUGUCAGACUGUUAUUCCCGUAAAGUAGUGGUGGUCAAUCAGGCCGGUAGACUCCGGUUUACCUACACUGGUGGCCCCUCUAUAACCAAGGGGUCUUUCUAUCCAUACGGCAUCACAACAGACAGUCAAGGUCGUAUCCUGACAGCAGACAGUAACAACCAUUGUAUCCACAUCCUGGAUCAGGACGGACAGUUCCUCCGCUACAUUGACAACUGUGAUUUAGACUGUCCAUGGGGUUUAUGUGUGGACACCAGUGACAACCUGUUUGUGGCUAAGUACAUAGGUGAAGUGAAGAAAAUCCAGUAUCACAUAUAAAUCAAUCAACUGUAUAAAUUAUACCUAAACACAGUAUAUUAAAUGUAUAUAUCUACAUACUGUGUGUACAUAUAUGGCAUGUAAACAAACUGUGUAUAUACACUGCAUGUCAUCAUAUGGUGUAUAUUGGUUGUUACAAUGGUGUAUGUUGAUCACGUUUCACACAUUAAACUGACUGUGUCUGCAAGAUGUACUCAUAAUUAUCCGAAAUGUAUAUCAGGUAUAUCAUUUAUCAUUUCCAACAUCAGAAUAGAUCAAUGCACUGUAUUUGUUACAUUUAGUUAUAAGCAAACACUCUGUGACAUGUAUUACAUAAGGGUGAAUGGACGCACUCAAUUCCUUUACAUCAAUGGAGCGAGGCCACCCAAGGCUUGAGGCCCAUUCCUUAUAAGGAGGAGUGGUACAGGUAUACAUGUAUUUACCCAAUUAGAAUCUACGUUGACUGGAUUAAUUGUUAUUGCAUCUUUUUAAUCUUGAGAAUUUGAGUAGAUGUUUGAUUUUCCGUCAACUUUGUUUCCUCAGUUCUAACUUUAUCACCAUCUGAAAUAUUCUGUCCCUUGAUAAGAUUCUGAAAAAAUGUAUUAAGACAAUGAGAAUAAUUGAUACAUGUACUGCUUAUGAAUGUUUUAUGAAUGAUUUUUUAAAACAAAACUUUAAACAAAAAUUCAAUGCAUUUUUGCUCAAUUUCAAUUUUGGCAUAAACAUUACAAUGUCACUAGAACUUCAGUGGAAGGGGCAGCAUUUGCCAUCCCAAUAUAUUUCUUUGGUAGAAGAGGGAAAAUCA